AUGUCGAAAAUUUUGGUUUUCGUUUAUGGAACGUUGAAGCGAGAAGAGCCAAAUCAUAAAGUUCUUGUUGAUACCCCAGGAUAUCAAAAGUUCAUCUCAUCCGGCUCCACAUGCUGUCAAUAUCCGCUAGUAAUCGGAACCAAAUUCAAUAUUCCAUUCCUUUUGAACAAACCCGGAGAAGGCAAGACUUUGGCAUUAAAUCAGGCGUUUGAUUAA